CGUCUGGUUUGCCCGUGAUAGUACCUACCGAAGAGAGCACGGCUUUAUCUUAUCAUUUCCAAGUUUUCAUAUUUUGAGCUGGAUUCGUGCCGUUUCCAUUCAUUAACCAAGUCGUAGUUAUCUACCUCUAUGCUUCUCUACAAGAUUUUCACCAAGCUUGGAUAACAAGACAAGUUUCCGUCAUGUUAGGUGACCGUGCUUUAUUUCCCAAGUCGCAGGAAAACCUCUAUAAACGUCUUAAUUUUUUAUGAAUCCGAGCAGGAUUCACAGGCCGCAUCCGACAUGUUGUACAACUUGUGGGACUUUUUUGGGACAUUUGGAUUGCACUUCGCUGGCUUCUAUUUACUGCUUUUUGGUUGGAUUUUCGUGCGCGCGUCGGAUCUAUGAAUUGGAACAGUCGUAGUCGCGAUUUUCGCCUUUGAGAGAGAUAAGUCGUAGUGUUUUGCCAGGCGUCGGGGACAGCUACUCAUCGCAGAGAAUAUUUGACAACAGAGGGCUGUCACAAAAGGCCUGGGGACGAGGCUAAAUAGGAACUACAUACUAAAGAAAUAACCCGCUUUUUUAUUAAAGAUAGGACGUUAUCAAAACAUUAUAGCUCCGCACCGCCCUAGUUGCUAAAAAUACAAGUGGUAUAAAUCAAGUUUUCCUGCACCACCUGCACUUCGAUUUUAGAGCAAUAAAGCAAUUGCCACUAGCAAAGAAUAAAUGGAUUAUGUGAAAAUCCUCUGGUUCUAUAUUGAGUAAUUAGUUCUGGUUGACCAUGUAUGUUCAAGUGUGAUAAAGCAUAAUGAUAACAACAGGUACCUGUGAAAUUAGAUAACUUUAAUGCUUUACUAAAUGAACUCUCCAAGGACUCGGUCUUAAAAUUGUGGCAAGUGGCGCGGAUCGAUCGCUAUCCGCUUUUGUGAUGGCUUCACUUUUCAGCCAAAAAUUCUUCAUUUUCUUUCUUUUGUCACACAGCAAGGGAGACAGCAAGUGUGAGAUAUCAUUAAAUGAUAAGAAAAGUUCUUUUUUUUAUCAUCAGCUCUAAGCUGUUGGAUCCCAACGCGUGCCUCGCCAGCUAAUAACCUGCCUAAUAUGGCCGAUGCGUUACAACCGCUAUUUAUCAACGGAAAGUUUAUGAACGACGCCGAGAAGAGAAGCAAGAAAACAGACACUGCCGAUGGGACCAGUCAAGACAAAGUUGGGACGUUUAAAUUCAACAACGGUGGAGUAGUUGGCGCUGGCGUGUUCGAGCUCAGCAAAAACGGAGAUGUUGAUAUGGACCUCAAGAUACGGAUUAAACCAAAUGCCGCUGGAGGUGGUGGUGGGGAACAGCCUGGGGGAGGGGGUAAACCACAAACCUCAUCCCAAGGCAGUGGAAGUAGUCCAACCAAAGCGCCCGGUGGAGGAGGGGGUAGCUCAACACAAGCACCCGGUGGGGGAGGGGGUAGCUCAACACAAGCACCCGGUGGGGGAGGUGGUAGCUCAACACAAGCACCCGGUGGGGGAGGGGGUAGCUCAACACAAGCACCCGGUGGGGGAGGAGGUAGCUCAACACAAGCACCCGGUGGGGGAGGUGGUAGCUCAACACAAGCACCCGGUGGGGGAGGGGGUAGCUCAACACAAGCACCCGGUGGGGGAGGGGGUAGCACAACACAAGCACCCGGUGGGGGAGGGGGUAGCUCAACCACGGCACCUAUGGCUGGAGGUGGUAGCACGACUAAAGCUCCUUCCGGCGGAGGAAACACUACAGAAGCACCUGGGGGAAGUUCGGCAGGUGGAGACGCCCAAAAGUUCUUAGAGCUCCACAACAAAUACCGCAAGAUACAUGACUCCCCGCCCAUGAAACUGAACGAUGAAAUGUCGAAAUCUGCGCAAGCAUGGGCGGAUAAACUCGCUUCGAUGGAGAAACAACAGCAUUCAAAUGAGAAAGACCUAGGCGAGAACCUAUCUUAUGGGUGUCCCACGCGCACAGUUGAAUCAGUAGUGGAGGGCUGGUAUAACGAGGUUUGCAAGCCCGGUUACGCUUUUGGUGGAGCUACAGGAGGUGCCACGCUCCAUUUUACCCAAAUUGUGUGGAAGGCAAGCACAGAGUUAGGGUUCGGCUCUGCCAAAGGGACAAAAUGCACCUAUGUCGUCGGUCGUUACAAGAAAAGGGGAAACUUUGGUGACGAAAAGGACUACGACGCGAAUGUCAAGAAGGGAAGCUUUGAUGCUACCUCUUAUUGCGCGACUGUCAAGGAAAACAAAUAGUCCGUCUGCUUAUUGCUAAGAUGUAAAACAGAAAGGUUAAACAAUUAAACGGUUGCUGUACAACGUC